AUGGAUAUUCCUCAAGUGCAGAUUUCCGGGUUUGAUAGCUCCCAUGGUCCUGGGAACGCGCAAAAAGCGGAAACGCGCGACGUAGACAUGGAUUCGAGCCAACACGCGAAUGAUGCUAUAACACAAGAUGUGUCCUUAUCAACUGGAAUAACGGAGCUCCAGCCGAAAGAAGCGGCGCCUCCAAAAAGAAAUCCUGGUCUUCAGUUUCUCGAAUACUUAACGUCGCCUAUUGUGGAACUUACUAUAGGAAAAGGAGAAACCAAGACCACUUUAACAGCUCACCAAAAACUACUUCUGGAAUCGCCCUUCCUUGCUGAGCGAGUCGCAGUAUUUCAUGGUUCGGGGCCUCGCCGCAUUGAGCUUCCUGACGAAGAUGUAGAGGCCUUUGGCUUUUUUCUCCAAUUCCAAUAUACCCGCAACUAUGCCAGCUCUCUCGCCGAUGCCUCGAGUGACGAAGACGCAGCUGUAGGAGAAACCGAUGAUAGUGGUGAGCAACUACUGAAACACGCACGUGUAUACACAUUGGCAGAUAAACUUGGAAUACCAGCACUGAAAACCUUGGCCCACUCAAAGAUUCACCGUGUGAACAGCACUUCACACGGUGAGAUUGCCUAUGCUCGAUAUGUCUACACCCACACCCCAGCCGACGAUGCUACGAUUCGGAAACCUGUAGCAUCUUUCUGGGCUCUAAGAAGCCAUGUUCUACGACAUGAAGCUGAAGAGGAAUUCAGGAAGCUGUGCCUUGAGGUUCCCGAGUUCUGUUUUGAUGUAUUUAGCAUGGUACUUGACCAUAAAGAAAAGCGCGCUCAAGAUAAAGCUGAAUCCGAGUCUGCUAUCAAGGGGAGUGGAAGGAAACGGCUCAGGAGUGGUCUGUAG